UGGUUUAUUUUUAUGAGACUAGACCCCCUUCACUUUUAAUCUCUCUCUUCCUCAUCAUAAACUCAUAAGGUGCAUGUGUACCUAAAUUCAGGAGAAACAAGCUAAAAGUUUGUUGUGUGAUAAAAGAUGGAAGGAAGUGUGAUCAAGAAGAGUUCAAAGGGAAAGAGAGAUGAUCUUUAUCAUGUUAUUCAUAAGGUACCUUAUGGAGAUAGUCCUUAUGUCAAAGCCAAACAUGCCCAGUUGGUUGAGAAGGACCCAGAAAACGCUAUAGUAUUGUUUUGGAAGGCAAUAAAUGCUGGAGAUAAAGUGGACAGUGCCUUGAAAGACAUGGCAGUUGUGAUGAAACAAUUAGAUAGAGCUGAAGAAGCAAUUGAAGCAAUCAAAUCUUUCAGAGGCCUUUGUUCCAAACACUCACAAGAGUCACUUGAUAAUGUACUUCUUGACCUAUACAAGAAAUGUGGCAAAAUAGAUGAACAAAUUGAAUUGUUAAAGAGAAAACUAAGACUAAUUUACCAAGGCGAGGCCUUCAAUGGAAGGACCACAAGGACUGCUCGCUCUCAUGGCAAGAAGUUCCAAGUUUCCAUCAAGCAAGAAACUGCAAGAUUAUUGGGAAACUUGGGCUGGGCCUACAUGCAAAAAGCAAACUACAUGAUGGCUGAGGUUGUGUUCAAGAAAGCCCAAAUGAUAGAUGCUGAUGCCAAUAAGGCUUGCAACUUGGUCCUAUGCCUUAUGAGACAAUCACGUUAUGAGGAAGCUUACUACAUUCUUGAACAAGUUUUGCAUGGAAAACUUGCAGGGUCUGAAGAAAUCAAAUCAAGAAAAAGAGCUGAGGAAUUGCUUGAAGAGUUGAAUGCUAACAUUCCCCAACCUCAGUUUAUGGAUAGUUUUGGCCUUGAUGAUGACUUUGUGAAAGGCAUAGAUGAUUUGCUAAAUGAAUGGAACACAAAUAGAUCAAGAAGGCUUCCCAUCUUUGAAGAAAUCUCUUCCUUUAGAGAUCAAUUGGCAUGUUAAUAAUUUCUUCUUUUUCUUCUAUUGUCUAUUGCUAAUUAGGUUUGCAAAUAGCCUCUUUCCUUUUUUGUUGUUUCUCUAGUAGUUGCCAUUUCUUCCUCUACCCUUUUUCUUCCUAAAAUGGUGAGGAAAAAAAAAAUAGGAUAAGUGUUGUUUGUAUCUUGUAAUUUAAUAAUAAGUAGUGCUCAAUGAAUAAGAAUAUAAUUGUUUAUAAAAUAAACAUAUAGUUUGUGUAAGUUAUGACACACCUAUGCUA